UUUUUUGUAGUCAUGGUUGCAGAAUACAAUGGUGUAAUGGCUGCCAAAGAAAGAUUAGGAAGAUACUGAUUAAUUUGAGCACGCAAUAUGACGGCUGUUUUACCUCCUAUCAAGGGUGCCAUUGCAUCCCCCAAGACUGGAAACAAUGGGGGUAUGCAAACUGAAGUUCAGUACCUGCCUGGCCCACCAAAGGGAUCGCCAGAAAAUGGGCUACAGAUGGGCAAACUGCGACCCCUAAGGAAAAUGCUGAGCAAGAAUGAACGAAAGAUGUUUGAAAAGUUACAGUCGCUUAGAACACAGCUACCAGUCCUUACCAAACGUGAUACAACAAAGUAUAGGAACACAUACAAGCACAACCUGUGUCUGGACAUGCUUCAGGAAGGUUACCACAUGUCCUUCCGAGAACUGUUUGCCUUGAUCCAGCAGCAGGAAGAGGAUCGUAUUCGGGCCGGCCCCGACUCUAUCAUGUGGACACAGGUUAUGCUGCAUGAGGAGUACGAGAAACUUGACAUGCUGAAGACUCACCUAACUAAUGCUGAAGCAGCGGAGAGGAAAUAUGACUAUUCCCAGGUCUAUGCAGAGCGCUCUAUCCUGGCCAAGUACUUCCUUAGUACCAAAGACAAGUGGCUGUCUGACCACUUCUUUAACACGUGUCUCACCACCAGUCAGGCUAUUGAAGGGGAUGGAGGACAGGCACAAGCAGAGGGUCACCGGAAUGUCGGUAUUUCUCUCAAGGAAAGUGGUGAUUACUUCCAAGCCUCAAAACACUUUGAGGCUUACCACGAGCUGGCAUCUGACAACACACACUGGGUGAAUGAGGAGGGCGUGACGUUCUAUACGGAUGCCUGUAUCAACCUGUACAACAUCUACACUAACAUCGGCAACCAGCUGGAGGACAGCGACCCCGACAGUUCUCUACAGCUACUCCUCAAGGCCUACCAGAUGGCUUCCAAUAGUGGGGAUCACAAACUGAGAGGUGAGUCCACCUACACUCUGGGUCUGGCAUAUGACAAGGCCGGGGAUGAAGAGAAAGCCCUAUUGCAUCUAGAAGACUUUUUGUCAACGUGUAAAUCGGCAAAUGAUUAUGAAGGAAUUGGAAGAGCAUGUGAUGCCAUUGCUAAGACAUAUUCCAGGGCGGGUAAAGUGUCAGAGUGUAUCAAGUAUCUCAAGCAGUUUGUGGAAACGGCAGAAAAAAGUGGUCAGGAAGUUGAGUUUAGCAAGGCUUGUCAUAAUCUUGGCAACAUCUACAACUCACUGGGAAAAUAUGAAGAAGCUACGGAGUACUUCAGCAAGGCCUACAAUGUAUCCAGAGCUAUGGGCGAGGCCAGCUUGAUCCAUGCCAACCGUGUUCAGUAUGGAAUUGCAAUGGCUCAUCGCAUGCUCAAAGGCUUUGGCAACCACAUCAUCCAGGGCCAUCAGCCUUGCCUGGAGAGACUCAUCGAAUGGAAGAGUGCCAGGACAGAUGAGUUUGAAAAACCCAUUCCAAAUCCAUCAACACCAACAGACGUUCGUAAAAGCGUAACAAAACCUGAGAAGAAAGAUACGAAGGCGAUAGAGGAAGGUGAAGAGAAAACUGUAGAGCAGCUGAAUGCGACAACAACCCAACAGGCCCCCUCAAGUACCGUUGUAAGUGAAAGUGAGGAGGAGGAAAAUUAACAUUGCACAAUGCAGUGCAUGGAGAUAAAACCAAUGAGAAAGACUUCAUAAUGACCGUGUCAAUACCAGUGAGAGAGAUUUCACAAUGAAUGUCAGAACCAGUGAGAGAGAUUUCAUAAUGACCGUGUCAAAACUAGUGGUGGAGAUUUCAUAAUGACAAGUGUCAAAAUAUUAACAAAAUGAAAUAUAUAGCAUAUUGCACGAGUUGUAUUGUCUAACCUUAUUAACCUUCUUGUCCAUACCAGUGGAGAGAGGUCUGCUGGAUCAUGUAGAUCACUGAUUGGUUAUAUACUGGAAGCAAUUACAUUACACCAUUUUGGAUUGGUCACCGGUCGGAUAUACUGUGGAACCUGCCAAAACCAGAUCACCUUGGGACCUUAACGUUUAUCCAGUUUAGAAAGAGCUGAAACCUUCCAAAACCAGAUCACCUUGAGGCCUCAAACAUUUAUCGAGUUUAGAAAGAUCUGAAACCUGCCAAAACCAGAUAAUUUUGGGAUCUCAACAUUUAUCUGGUUUAGAGAGAGAUCUGGAACCUGCCAAAACCAGAUCACCUUGUGACCUCAACAUUUAUCCGGUUUAGAAAGAUCUGAAACCUGCCAAAACCAGAUAAUUUUGGGACCUCAACUUUUAUCUGGUUUAGAAUCUGUCAAAACCAGAUCACCUUGGGGCCUCAACAUUUAUCUAGUUUAGAGACAGAUUUGGUAUAUUGGUGUAUGGUGUCAUCAUUUUAUAAAUAUAACUUGUUGGAAAAUGAAAUUGGCCCAAUCUGAUAUAUCCUGAAACCAGAACCUGUAUUAGAUUAUUAAAGGUAUGUAAAAGUUGAAGUCAGUAUCCUGUUUGAAUUGUAUGCACAUACAUAGUUGUUGUAUAUGUGUGAUUUUUAACUACAAUCAGUUAUAUAAUGUAUUGUUAAUGUGUUGGGUUUAUUCAGCUGGAGUUCAACUGUGUUUUCAGCAGGGUAGUUUUGCAGGUUAUUUUAUGAAGAAUCUUGACACUUACAUCCAAAAAAUCUAUAAAUCUAUCUAGUUUCCAGAAUGGACAGGUUCUGGUUUAUUCAGGGUUGUAAUGCAUUGAAUAUAUAUGAAAUAUUCUGGACAGAAAUUUGGCUGAUUUUAACAGGAAUCUGGAUUUGUCAGGAUUUGGUUUAAGCAUGUUCUACAGUACCAGGAAGUUUUAUAGUGCAUGACAUUGAAACACUGUGGUUUAGAACUGACUACAUGUUUUUUAUUUUGUACAUGUGUUUAAGUUAAAGAUUUAUUUCAGGUCAUAUUAUUUUUAAUUUUAACUUCACUUAGUUGCCAACAUUAACAAAAUUGUAUUGGAAACAUUUAUCAAUAAUAGAUACACUGUGUGUGUUUAUAUGAGAUGGUUAAUUUUCAAUGCAUAGCUGUUAAAAAGUUAUAUUUUGUUACUUAUGUUUUCAAGACAAUUUAUGUUUCUUUUCUUGUGUAGUUAGAAAGUUUAAAAAAAAAAAAGUAUAUGUCAUUUAUGAGGUACAGUUUUGUUGAGUGCUCAAGUGUCAUUAAAAAUUCAUUAAUUUAUUAAUUUUAAUUCAGUUUUGAUAUAUUACUGCAUGUAUAUAGUGAAUUGUGUUGCUGAAUGACACUGUGUUAGCAUUAACACACAUUGCCAAAACGUGUUUGGAAGGAUUUAGUUUUGACUCUUUUUUUCUUUUUUUUGUCUUGUUUUUUGUGUUGUUUUUGGUUGGGGGUUUUUGGGGUGGGGUUUGGGUUUUUUGGAGGGUUUUUUAGUUUCCUAUCUUGCAUAGUGGUUGAACAGAAUAUAUAUCAUUAGGAGAAAAGGUGGUAAAAUUUUAUUAAUAUAAUUAUAGUUUUAAUAAAAUCACAGAGAAGUUUGUUACACUAAAAAAACAUUUGUUUAAAAUUCAUUAACAUAAUUCUUUUGAAUCUCCUUUGUUCCAUUUCAGACAUAGAGACUUGUUUGUAACAUAUGUUUGUUUUGGGGUGUGGUUUGUGUUGUUUCUUUUAUAAAUAAUUGUUUUCAAUAGAAUGAGGAACAUAAAAUUAUAGAUUUAUAUAUAGAUUUGUAUAUAGAUUUGUAUGUGUUUUUGUUUAUUAAUAGUUAAUUGGUUAGUCAAAGCUGCAAUCUUGUCAUAUUAUCCUGUAAUACCAUUUACUAAUGCAAAAUACGAACACAACUGCAGUUUUAAUAAAUGUAUGUAUUAUCAACAGAUAUGAAACUUAAAAAUCUUAUCACAAAACGGGUAUUAUAAAUAAAGCACAUCAAGCAUGUGUGCAGAAAAUUGUGCUGGGGUGGUAUCAAUUUUAGUGAGCAAAGUUUUUAGGGGGGUGGAUCAUACUCAGGUUUCCAGAAAAUACUUUUUAAAAAAAACAGUAUGAAAAUUUGCUAGGAGCCUGCACAUAUUAACAAAGAGAGGUAUUUCUUCAAGGGGUUAGGCAGCAUGAUGUGGUGUUCAGAACGAUUGCUGCUAGUUAUAAUAUUAUAACUGGAAUGGAUAAUCGCAUAAACUGUUUAUUCAGUAUUUGUUUUCCAUGCACUGGGUCUAUCUGUCAGUGGGCCCAUUGGGCUAUUUCUUGUUCCAGCCAGUGCACCACAACUGGUAUAUUAAAGGCUGUGGUAUGUGCUAUCCUGUCUGGGAUGGUGCAUAUAAAAGACCCUUCCUACUAAUGGAA